GUUCCUCCGCUCGCGGUGCCGGAGCAGAAGGACCCCGACCCGGAGUUCCCCUCGCUGCGCUGCCCUAACCCCGAGGAGGGGGCGUCCGUGCUGGAGCUUUCUCUCCUCCUGGCAGAGCGGGAAAACGCUCACAUCGUUCUGGCGACGGACCCCGACGCCGACCGACUCGCUGCGGCAGAGCGAUGUGACAGGGGUGGGUGGAAGGUGUUCUCGGGGAACGAGCUGGCGGCGCUGCUGGGCUGGUGGAUGUUCCUCCACUGGAAGGAGGCUCACCCCGACCCUGCAGACCUCCAGAAGCUCUUCAUGAUCUCCACCACCGUGUCCUCCAAGAUCCUGCAGGCCCUCGCCCGCAUCGAGGGCUUCCACUUCGAGGAGACUCUGCCGGGCUUUAAGUGGAUCGGGAACAGAAUCCACGAGCUUUCCAAAGCAGGAAACAGCGUCAUCUUCGCCUUCGAGGAGUCCAUCGGGUUCCUGUGUGGCGGUUCGAUCCCGGAUAAAGACGGCGUGAGCGCGGCGGCGGUCAUGGCUGAGAUGGCGACGUUCCUUCACAAUAAAAGCCUGAGUCUGAACCAGCAGCUGCUCAACAUCUACCACACGUACGGGCCCCACCUGUCGCAGACGUCCUAUGUGAUCUGUGACGACCCCCCCACCGUCAGCAGGAUCUUCCACCGCCUCAGGAACUUCCACGGCGAGGACUCGUACCCCCAGCGCUGCGGCGGCGUGCGUGUCGCUAACGUCCGCGACGUCACCACGGGAUACGACAGCAGCCGCGCCGACCGCACAUGUGUACUUCCUGUGACGAGGAGUGGUCACAUGAUCACCUUCACGCUGCAGAACGGCGUCGUGGCAACGCUGAGGACGAGUGGCACCGAACCCAAAAUCAAAUACUACACAGAGUACUGCGCCGCGCCGGGGACCAGCGAGGUGGCGGCUCUGCAGAAAGAGCUGGACCGGAUCACCGCGGCGCUGCUGGACGACUUCCUGGAGCCCGAAAAGAACAACCUGAUUCGCCGCUGCGUCUAGCCCCGCCCCCUUGCCUUCUGCUGAUGAUGUCACAUCCUUCCGUGUUCAUGGACGAAUCAGAGCUGCUUCUGUCGAUGAAGUUCAGUUUGGACUGAAUCAACAAUCACUAAGGUCUGAGAUGGAAACCAAAGAGGAGGAUUUUCACAGGAAGAGAGUCACGUUUAAACCGUGGAAACAUAUUUCAUUUCAAAGACGGUGUACGGAAGUUCAUUAACGACAAAACAACUGAGAGCAGAAAAUAAUACAUUAUUCUAAAUGACGUUUCUGUGCGGCGGCCUUUUGCAAAAAAAAUCAUGCUCUUCGUUAACGAGAGAUUUCCCUUAUUUUAACAACAAUUGUCCUUUUCUCAUGAAUGAUGUUUUUCUCGUAGAUGUUCAGAUUUGUUAUAAUCUCGGUAAAUAUCAAAGUUUUUUUCCCCGUAAAUUUCACAUGUUUUACUUAAAUAUUUACAAUUUCUGUCAUGGAGCCCUGGAUUGUAUUAACCUCGCCAGUCCCUCAGCAUUUCUCGGGUAGUUUUCUCAUUGAUAUAUGACUUUAUAAUCUUACAAAAACCCCGUUAAUUAAAAAAAAUAUAUAUUGUAAAA